AUGAGGUCAGACGAGGAGUUAAAAAAAGGUGACACAUUCCGUUCAAAGGACAAUUGUAUGCUAGCAAUCAAAAACUGGCACUUAGCAAACUGUGUUGAUUUCAAUGUUGAUCGCUCAAUUCCAGAAAGAGUCACUAUUUUGUGCAGAAACCUGGAUUGUGGAUACAGGCUUAAGGCAUCAUUUAAGAAGAAAGUUAAUUCUUGGGUGAUAGGUUCAAUUUCUCAAGCCCACACUUGCGUUAGAAUAAAUAUGGCGCAAGAUCAUCGGAAACUAAGUCAUGACAUGAUAUAUAAUACCAUAAUACCUCUCGCCAAUGCUGAAUCGUCACUGAAGGUGAAGACGAUUAUCUCACAUUGCAUUUAUGUGUUCAAAUAUAGACCUUCGUACAGAAAGGCUUGGUUAGCGAAGCAGAAGGCAAUUGAAAUAGUCUACAGCAACUGGGAGGAAUCCUACGACAAACUUCCUCGCUACAUGGCUGCACUUCAAUUAUAUUCACUUGGGACAAUUACUAUAUUGGAGACAUUGCCGACACAAUCCCAAGAUGGAACCCCUCUCGAAGGUAAUGGAAUCUUCCAUAGACUUUUCUGGGUGUUUCGACCAUGCAUCAUCGGAUUUGGUUUUUGCAAGACGAUUAUUCAAAUUGAUGGAACCUGGUUGUAUGGGAAAUACAAAGGAACGUUACUGAUGGCGGUCGCGCAAAAUGGAAACAACAAUAUUUUUCCAAUAGCCUUUGCUCUGGUACAACAACGGUUAAUGGAAAUAUUGAGAGUGAAAGCAGAAAGACUUACCUGCGGCGAGGAUGUUGGAGAUUCAUCUAUGGAGGCUCGAAGAUGGGAGCCAUCGUUGAAGGCUGCUAGCAAGCAAGAGGAACAAAUGAGGGACAAUUUUGGUCAUUUUGGCAACUAA